ACGAGCCAUUUGUCGACUUGGGGUAAAGACAGACUGAGACCUACAAGCUUAGUUUCUCAAUAAAUAUUGAGAUAAAAUAAUUUCUUGGUACAGGGAAGAGUGUCGGUGAUUUGAUAAUGGUGGUAAAAUGUUCGUGAUUUGGCCUGUAAAGUUGUUGAACAGACGUCUAGUUUCGGAAAAUGUGAUGUGCACUUGUGCCUAUUUGUAGGCCUGCUAAAAAUAGGGCCCUGCUAGCACCACAUGCUUGCCUAUGAUUGACAAUUGCAGUGCCUUGGUACUGGGACUGCAGCCUCCGGAGGACAACGCAAAAGCCUCGAACACAACCACCUCCUUUUGACCAGUGGCUCGAAACCCCAGCAGAGAACCCCGUUGCUUUAACCAAUUUGGGACCUAGUUAACACAGAAGAAUACCCGGCCUCAGAGACUUUGGUGCUGCGUUUGGGAUCUAAACGUUUGGUUGGUGUUACUGCUGCUGUAUCUUUUCUUUGGUAAUCGAUUUUGUGAACUAUGACAUCUCGGAGGCCUAUGACCCGCUCGUACUCCGGCAAUGGGAGAUCCAACAGUCUAAAUGAGGAAGACUCUGCCCCCAGUAGCCGCGCAGAAAGCCGCAACUACCUCUCCAAUGUCCGACCGGAAAACAGCUAUUCACGUCACAGGUACUCUCAAUACAGGCCAUCAAGGAGUACAUUUUGUACUGUGAUGUCUCAGCUGACUGAGGAAACACAGCCAUGUUUUGAGACGACCAUAAAAUCCAAAGCGGUGUCCGUGUCUUGCAACGUAAAAUUCACCUGCGUAGUUUCAGGUAACCCAGCCCCAGAGCUCACCUGGUAUAGGGAUGAUGUGGAACUUGACAGGUACUGCGGCCUUCCGAAAUAUGAAGUCUCCCGCAAUGGAAAAACACAUACGCUUCAUAUUUUUAAGUGCACGGUGGACGACGCAGCCAUCUACCAGGCGUCGGCUCGCAACAGCAAAGGGAUCGUGUCCUGCUCGGGCGUGCUGGAGGUGGGGGACAUGAGCGAGUACAAGAUCCACCAGCGCUUCUUCUCCAAGCUGAAGCAGAAGGCCGAGCUGAAGCGGAGGGAGAUGGACGAGGGCCGCCGGCGCGAGAGGGAGAGCGCGCAGCAGGAGCAGCAGAACAUCCUCACGCAGGACCGCAUCAUGAGGAAGCGCCGGACGCCCGACUCGCUCAACUCCUCCGACUCGGCCCAGGAAGCCGAGGAGACGGCCGAGGAAAGCACGGAGGACGUGCCGGCGGAAACGCCCGCUGAAGAGACCAACGGAGAAGCCAUGGAGACCGCGGCGGCUUCAGACGUGGUGCAAGAGAAUGGCAACCAGGGGGCCAAUCACGUUAACGACUCGGUGGAGAUUGUCACCACGAAGGCGCCCAAUAAAGAGAAACUGGCGAAAAAGAAGAUCAGGAUUUCCAAUGGCUUUGAUGAGGGUGUGGUCGACAGUGGCCAAUCAGAAUCUGUCCUCGGAAAUGAAAAGCAUACAAAUGAGGAGGACUUGAGCCUGGCGCAGUACCUGUCACAGUCAGUACAGUCCCAGGCUGCCGAGGGCAAACAAAGCUCCGUGCCGGCACAGACACCCAUGGAGGUGGCAGCUCAGCACGAGAAAGAAAAACUAGCUCAACAAUUGAAAGAAAAAGAAAUUGAACAAGAGAAUGAAAGAGAACGCGAGAAAGAGAGACAACGCGAGAAUGACAGAGAAUGUGAGAAAGAGAGACUACGCGAGAGUGAAAGAGAACGUGAGAGAGAGAGACAAUGCACAAAGGAGAGAGAGCGUGAGAAAGAGAGACAACAUGAACAGGAGAGAGAGAAAGAAAGAGAACGUUUAAAAAAAGAUGAGGAAAUGAAACAAAGAGAGAAAGAAAGAGAACAGGCCAAAGAGAUGGAGAUGGCCAAGCAGAUUGUGGAAGCCAAGAAAACCGCUAGCAAAGCUGAACCCAAGCAAUCAGCAAAGAAAUCAAAUUCGGACCCCCAACAGAAGUCUGCUCUAACCACUGUGUUGACUUCUUUGAAGGACAUUUUCUUUGGGAGGGGCAAGAAUAAGUUGGAAGAGGCCCCUGAGGAGACUUACAGUGCGAGUGAAACUAGCUGGGAGAGAGACUACCCCCCAGGACCCCCAGAUCCAUAUCCUUACAAUUCACCCACUGAACAAGCCACGCCAAUGGAGGUCGACAAACAACCCAUUAGCUCAAAUGAUCGAACAGUGGAGGACAUCGCUGAGGGUCAAAGGAGUCCACAGUUGCCAAAAAGCUUGAGAAUGCACAACGGCUAUGGAGUAGCAAAGACCGAGCCUCCACCUCCAAGUCUGCUUCCACCUCAGCCUGCACCUCCAAGUCUGCUUCCACCUCAGCCUGCUCCUCCAAGUAUACCUACACCACAGCCUCCACCUCCAAGUAUACCUACACCACAGCCUCCACCUCCAAGUCUGCUUCCACCUCAGCCUCCUCCUCCAAGUAUACCUACACCUCAGCCUGCACCUCCAAGUAUACCUACACCACAGCCUCCACCUCCAAGUUUGCUUCCACCUCAGCCUCCUCCUCGAAGUAAACCUACACCUCAGCCUGCACCUCCAAGUCUGCUUCCACCUCAGCCUCCUCCUCCAAGUAUACCUACACCACAGCCUGCACCUCCAAGUAUACAGUCGGCACCUCCAAGUCUGCCUACACCUCAGCCUGCACCUCCAAGUAUACCUACUCCACAGCCUGCACCUCCAAGUAUACCUACACCUCAGCCUGCACCUCCAAGUAUACCUACACCUCAGCCUGCACCUCCAAGUAUACCUACUCCACAGCCUGCACCUCCAAGUAUACCUACCCCACAGCCUGCACCUCCAAGUAUCCCUACACCACAGCCUGCUCCUCCAAAUCUGCUUCCACCUCAGCCUGCACCAUCAAGUAUACCUACACCUCAGCUUGCUCCUCCAAGUAUACCUACACCACAGGCUAAAGAUGUCCAGACGGUGCAAUCAGGCAGGUAUGAGAGCCCUGUCCAGGAGAGGAAUGCCACUGCUGUCCUGGUGCAUGGUACAGAAGAUCGGGCAUUUUUCACAGAAUCUGUCACUGGAGACAGCGGAGAUAUGCUCGGUUUACAGGGCCUCUCCCAGCGCUCUGGACAUACCCCAGCGCCCUCCACGACAGAUCAGGUGGCAGUAAACCUGGAGAGCACAGGGAGUCAUGGGAUCAUGUCAGAUCUUCCCAUUGCAACAGAACAGCAGAAAGAGGUGGGAAUGCGUGUGGAUGAAGCUGUGGUGGAAUGUGAGCUCCCAGUCCAACAGGCAGACACAACCUUGCCUGUAGGACAGGGACCUGAGCCAAGUGAGUCAGAGGAGUUACAUGUCAACACCGCCAUAACAGGAAGUGUUUCAGAAACCUGUACAACUGCAAAAGAGGAGGAAUCUACUGCAGUUGAGGAGAAAGUAGAGGAAGGUGAAGAAGAAAAGGUAACAGAAGGAAGUGAGCCAGAGAAAAUAUUACAAGUGGAGAUGAUAUUACAAGAAAAGCUCUCUGAUUCUAAGGCCGAUCUGCUGGAGGUCUCCAGUGUAGCUCGUCCGUUGGGUGAGGCAGUAGGACAUCCAGAGGAGAUGGUGACAGCGGCAAGUGUAGCGCUUAGCAAGGAUGUAAGUGGAGCUGCUGAGGGCCAGAAGUUGGUGAGUUCUGCAGCUGAGAGCAAGGUGGAAGUGGAGGAAAUGGAGACACAAGUGUGCUCUGAGGAGGCCACGGAGGGGCCAGACUAUCAGGUGACUACGCCCAACAUAAUUCCUCCGGCUUCAGAGCUGCAAGCUGAAGAAGAUAGAAAGGUGCUCAGUGUAUCAGAGAAGGACACUGCCAAAAUCAGUGAGGAAACAGAAAGUGCAGAGAAUGUUGAAACUGAAGUGAAAGUCCCAGAUGUUGUUCCUUGUUCACCACUGACUACCGUCCCUGUAAUAACGAUCAGUGCCAAUGAGGAAACACAUGACCAACAACCUGUAAAUAUGCCGUCAAUCAAUAUCCUGAUAACCGAACCUGAGGAGCCAAAGCCAGUUAUUGUGGCAAUGCAUCAUUUGGCUGGAUUGCAGGGUGAUGCAAUUCAGUUAUCAGACCCGAUGAUAGUUGAGCCAAGUGCAACGGUUGUUUCCACGCCUGUAAAGGUUCCACCCACGCCAGACCGUUCAGGAAAUGCAGGCGUCCUGCCUCCCUCCCAAAAGGAAGUUGUGCAACCUUAUGAGGGUGAAAAGAUGAGUUUGGAAAAAGAGACGGAGCGUGCUGAGACAAGCAGUAAAUUAGACUCAUCCUCCAUUCCCAUCAUCUCUCCGGCAAAAACAAAUAGUGUCACGCCAAGUUCACAUGAAGCGCGACACAAUACUGUCAGUGUUGCUUCAACCACUGCCCCACAAGAAACGCCUUCUAAAAAGCCAGCAUUGGUGCCACCACCCAUUGCAAUUACAUGUGCUGAUAAUGGCCCUGAAAUGAUCAAAGUUAAUAAUGAUAAGCAAGGGAGGGAGAUGGAGUCUUUGGCUGCCAUUCUGUGGGGAGUAAAGAAUAACAUUGACCAGGACAACCAUGUGGCAGUGCCAGAGAAGGUCUCCAAUGCCAAAGACCAGACCCUGACUGUAAGCAUGCCUGCACCGCCACUGAGCGCCCCAAAGCCUGCAGAGGCUGAGCCCAUAGUCCCUGUACCCACCGUUCAGGCCAAAACACCACAAAUCAGCAUCUCUGACACAGAUAAGAUGGACGUGCCCAAAGAGCCCGAUGUCGGUGUGGACAGGCUUAAGAAAGACAAACAAGCUGUGGAGAAGCUUGGUGUGACCGCCCAGUUGCCUCCCAUGAUGAGCCCCUCGAGCCUGCGGCGCUUGAUGGCGAAGGGUCUCUUCGGGACAGACAGCCCUACGGUGACAUCGAUACCAGCCAUCACGGUGGAUGCGGAGGGGCGAGGCGAGGAGAACAGUGGAGGAAGCACGCCCUCGUCCGUCCUGAGCUGCGAGAGCAGCCCCAAGAUGCGGCGGAAAGACAGCCCGUCGCCCAUCCCGGCAGCCACCCCUGAGGAGCUGGCCUUGGGAGCCAGACGCAAGAUCUUCCUCUCCAAAAUCAAAGGGGAGGAGGCGGACAGUGCUGUGUCACCUGACGCCCAGGGAAAGAGAGAGGCCCCCUACAUGUCGCCCAGUCAGGCUAGGAGAGCGGCGUUCCUCCAGGCCCACCCUGGACAACAGACCCCGCCAAUGGAGAGGCGGUCGCCCUUACUGAGUCGCAGAAAGGCCACUCUGGAGGUCCCCAAAGUACAGGAGACUCCAGAAGAACCAGAACCAGUCAAGACUGAAGCCAAACCUGCAGAGAAGCUGGAUCCCUUCAAAGCUCCUCAGGUUAUUCGCAAGAUCAGGGGAGAGCCCUUCUCAGAUGCCACUGGACACUUGAAGCUGUGGUGCCAGUUCUUCAACGUCCUCAGCGACUCCACCAUCACAUGGUACCGGGAGGAGGUGGAACUGCUGGAGGUGAAAAGAAGUGCUGGAGAUGAGAGCCAGGUGGCUUUGGCUAUCGUUCAGGCAUCCAACAGAGACUGCGGGGUGUUUGCUUGCACCAUCAAGAACGAGUUCGGCACAGACACCACCGACUUUCUGCUCAGCACUGACAUUCUGGCAGAGUUUCUCUUGCGGGAUGAAUUAGAAGUUGGGGAGGAGAUCGAGAUGACCCCGCUGCUCUUCACCAAAGGCCUGGCAGAUCCCGGUUGCUGGGGAGACAAGUUCUUUGGCCGUAUCAUGACUGAGGAGAUGCACCUUGGAGAGGGCUUCACCCACAAAGCCUGUCGGGUCAAGGUGAUCUAUGGAAUGGACCCCAUAUUCGAGUCAGGAAGCACCUGCAUCACGAAGGUGCGCAACUUCAUCGCGUACGGGACCAAAGAAGAGAGCCAACUCAUUGAGAGGAACCUGGAGACUACUAAGCAGUUGUGCAGAAUGCAGAGCAUUAUCCGAGAAUAUUGCAAAAUCUUUGCUGCCGAGGCAAGGGUGAUUGAAAACUUUGGCCCCGCACUAGAAGUGAAUCCUGUGCAUCUGAUGUACCGGCCAGCCAACACUGUGCCCUACACCACUGUGGAGGCCGAACUGAAGGGGACGUACCUUAGGUACUGCUUCAUGGACACGUCCGGCCGCCUGGUCACCAGAACCACCUCGGAAGUUGAGCAGAAGUGCAACGCAUUCCAGCACUGGAUUCACCAGUGGACAAACGGCAACCUACUGGUUACCCAAAUUGAAGGAGUUGACAUGAAAGUCACCAACAUACGAAUUGCCACCAAGACUAAAGGCUAUCAAGGUCUCACAGAGGAAUCCUCUCCGAAGGUGCUCGAGCAGUUCCUCACACAGCACCAGUGCAACUAUUACUGUGGACUCAUGGGUCUGCGGCCCCUCAAGCCCCUGGACCUGCUCCAGCAGCCCAGCAAGAUCAAGGGCUCCAGGAGCCCCCUGCUGAACCGCAAGGCAGGCUCGUCCAGCCCACAGCUGCAGAGAAAAGGGACAGGCAGUCCCCAGCCUGUCAGAAGGAUAACGGGCAGCCCGAAGGUGGUCAGGAAGGCUGGGGAGGCGGGCGAUGGCUCGACCACCAAGCACAAGGCUGUGGAAAUCCCCAAAGUGGUCAGAAUGAGGUAGAGGUGUAACAGAGGCCGGUGAGGGGAAACGCCGCUAAGGCAAAAACAUUGCUUAGACUUAAAAUGAUUACCUAGUCCUGUUUUAACAUCAGACGUCUAAAUAGAGAUUGGUGCAAGCCAGAUGCUGGCGUUGGCACACAACUGUGGCCUUGACUUAAAAUAUGAUGGACACUCUGUGUGGCUUUCCAUCUUGAAGAGACAAGUAAAUAAGAGAUGACUGUUAUAGAGAGUGAGAGGAGGUUCAACAACCGUUGCGACCCCUUAUACAAGUUCUACUGUGAAUUGCUAUGCAGACCAUCGAUUGCCAUCCAGCGAAGUGUGCCCCCACCCACCCCCAUCCCCACCCUCCUCUCUGUGAAGCACUCAGAGGCUGUUCACAGGGACAGAGCGCAAGGCUCUGAACACACUCUCCCGAGAUGUCAAAAUGUAGCAGUACAGCGCAGAUGGCAAUGGAUGGGCGAAAUAUACAUAUAUAAAUAUAUUUUUUCAGAAACAUCUUUUUUUUUUUCAUUUUGACUUGCAGUAUGCCUGAGCUUAAAAAAAAAUAGUGAGGUACGAUCACAACCUGCACAGGGGAGGGCUUUUGCACAUCUGUGAUAAUGAGAGAGGUGGUACAUUACUGUGCUUGUGUGGCGGCCUGUCAGUCAUUAUCUGGGAAGUUGCUGUUUUGUUUUUGUUUUCUGUUUUUUUUUUCUGCUGCUCAGGCUGUAGUUUAUUCCGUUACUGACUGUACAGAGAGACAGGAGACAGGUUUGAUCUCCUGUGCAUUACAGGAAGGGCAAUGUGAUCUCUUGAGGUUGAUGUCUGGUGCCUUGAAACCAAAGUGCAUAAGAUUCUUAAAAAUGGCACAUAUUUCUUCUUUGUGUUACUCAGUAUUGAUAUA